GCAUAAAGCAACACUUGAGUGAGUUACACCUUGCAAUAUCCCCUCUUUUGCCCGUAGACUCGCAGUCCACCCUACCCCGCCGCCACCAUGGCCGAUAACGAUCACUCCCACUCCCACCCUCACCACCACCACCACCACCACCACCACCGUCCUCAUCGCCUCUCAGUGCCUCCGCGCAGCACCACAUUCGGCGGCACUCCGGGAACCCAGCCCGCCUUCUGGUACUCCUCAAGCACAACCCCAACCCCAACCCCAACCCCCUCCAAAACCCGCCGUUCAUUCUCCUUCCCGAAAUCGAAAUCGAAAUCGAGAUCCUCAGUCUUCCUCCUCCUCUUCUUCUCCCUCCGCUCCCUCUACUCCCUCCUUCCCUUCCUCCGCUCCUCUCCUUCCUUCUCCCUCUUCCCCUUCUCCUUCCUAGUCUCCCUCCUCUCCUUCUCCCUCACCCUCUCCUUCUCCCUCUUCUCUUCUUCCUCCACCUCCUCCAAAGACCCCUUUCUCCACCACAAACCCAAACACCCUCUUCUCUCACCAUCCCUCACACCCUUCCAGCAGAGAAUCUUGGUCACCAAAUCAAUCCUCCUUGCCCUCGUCUUCCUCCUCCGCUUCCAGGCCCUCCGCUACUGCGGCACCGCCUCCAUGAUCCUCGCCGAGUUAAUGGGCUCCAUCGCUGCCCGGCCCAGAAACCCUUACAGGCACAACCUCCGCGGCUUCCUCUCCCUCUCCCUCGGCCUCCUCCUGCUCUCCUUCGGCUGGGACCGGAUCGAAUGCUUCCCGUUCUCUCCCGCUUGCCUCACCCGCCGGAUUUGGCCCUUGAUCCUCCCUUUCGCCUCCGGCUUUCUCGCCCACUACCGGCUCGUGGACUCCGGGACUACUCUCAAACAGCUCGGCCGCAAACGGGUUCGGUUAAUUACUCUCCUUUUCACUACUGUUAUUCUAUUUGUUCCCGCAGUUGUUAGUUUCUUCGUGUUUGAGACAGAAGAAGAUAGUGUUGCCUUUGGGAAUUUGGCGUGGCCAUUGGUGAAUACUGUUGUUUUCGGUGUGCUUUUGAGUGAGAGUUAUAGUGGUGAUGAUAAUGAUGAUGAUGAUAGUUUCGCGAGUUCGAGGGAGUUUCUGGUUACUUUUGUUUGCACUUUGGUGUUGGAGCUUUUUUAUUUCCCUGAACUUUCCCUCUGGGGUUUGUUGCUUUGUGGUUUGUUGCUAUAUGUUGGUGUUAGAGACUUGGAUCCUUUUCAUUCUUCCAAUGAAGGGGAGUUCUCGGGUGACAUGAUUAUGAAGCCUAUCAGACAUGUUUUGAGCGAGAGGAAGUCGCGGAAGAUUGCGCUUUUUCUUCUAAUCAAUGCUGGGUAUAUGGUUGUGGAGUUUGCUGCUGGGUUCAUGAGCAAUAGUCUUGGCCUGAUAUCGGAUGCGUGCCACAUGUUGUUUGAUUGUGCUGCUUUGGCCAUUGGGUUGUAUGCAUCGUAUAUAUCUCGUUUGCCUGCAAAUAAUCACUAUAACUAUGGUAGAGGAAGAUUUGAGGUUUUAUCAGGGUAUACUAAUGCUGUGUUUCUGGUUCUUGUGGGAGCACUCAUAGUGGUGGAGUCCUUUGAGAGGAUAUUGGAUCCUCAGGAGAUAUCAACUAAUAGCUUGUUGGUUGUCUCCAUAGGAGGGCUUGUGGUCAAUGUCAUUGGCUUGAUAUUCUUUCAUGAGGAGCAUCAUCAUGCUCAUGGCCAUGUAUUAUCUGGAUCAUCAUGCUCCCAUUCGCACGCACACACGGAGUCGCAUAGUCACCACACCCACCAUGAUCAUGAUCAUGAUCAUCUGCAUAGCCAUGGUCACGAAACAACAAUCCAUGGAAGCAAUCAAGAAUAUAUAUCAGUUUCAAGUGAUUGCCGAGACGAUUCAUGCCCUGGUGAUCAUGGCCAUCAUCAUAAUCAUAACCACUGUAGUCAUGAGAGGAAGCAUCAUGGUGAGUGUCAUGAUCAUGAAGACAAACACAGCAUUCCGAGCUUUAAGCAUCAUGAUGCUGCCGCCCACUGCCAUGACCAUGGUGAACAUCAUGAUCAAACUGGGCACUCUUGUCAUGAAGAUGCUCCACUUGUUCGUAAAGAGCAUGACCAUCGCCAUAUUGAUCACAAUAUGGAAGGGAUAUUUUUGCAUGUUCUUGCUGACACCAUGGGGAGUGUUGGUGUUGUUAUAUCUACCCUGUUGAUUAAGUACAAGGGAUGGCUUAUUGCUGAUCCUGCCUGCUCAAUUUUUAUUUCUAUUUUAAUUGUAUCUUCUGUGAUACCUUUGCUAAAAAAUUCAGCAGAAGUUUUGCUCCAAAGAGUGCCAAGGGCGCAUGAGCAUGAGCUGAAGGAUGCCUUAAUUAAUGUUUCGAAGAUAAGGGGUGUUUAUGGCAUUCAAAAGUUUCAUUCCUGGAACUUCACAAACACAGAUGUAGUUGGUACGAUGCAUCUUCACGUGUCAACAGAUACAGACAAGACAUCCGCCAAGUCGCAGGUUUUGCAUCUGUUACGUAAUGCUGGAAUCAAGGAUGUAACCUUGCAGGUGGAAUGUGUUGGAUAAUUUCUUUCAAAAUAGUUUCAUCUAUGACUGUUGUUGCUAGUGAAGGUUGUCCAGAGAUUACUGACAUACACUGAUUGGAACAGAAAUUCAAAUUUCCUUGUUAUUGUCAUACAGAAUGCUUCAUAAUAUUACCACAUCAAUAUUUGUCUGUUUUAAUUUGUGAAGGAUGAUGAUUUUUUGUUUUGGACCUGUUUGUCAGGAUCCCGCAAAUAGCAAAGUUGUAACUUGUUUAGGAUACAGUAAUGUAAAGACACAAGCAUAGCUUGUAGAUUAAUAACUUAAACAACUUUUAAUGUUACGCAUUUUUACCCUC